AUGAUGGUCGGAGUGGUUGCCAUCAAUUACCCCGAGACCUACACCUACGAGCGAUGGCAUGUCACUCUGCUGGUCAUUGCAGUAGCACUGGUUGCGUUGCUGUUCAACACCUUGCUGGCGCAGAAAUUACCCUUGAUCGAGGGGAUCAUCCUGGUUAUCCAUUGCUUUGGAUUCUUUGGUAUUCUGAUUCCUCUUUGGGUUCUUUCGCCGAGACCGGCCGCAUCGGAUGUUUUUGGAUCCAUCGAAGAUCGAGGCGGCUGGGGAAAUAACGGUCUUGCUUGCCUGGUUGGGUUAGUCGGACCGAUUUAUGCCUUGAUCGGCCCUGACUCAGCCGUCCACAUGUCCGAAGAGAUCCGUGACGCAUCGCGAGUUCUCCCCCUUGGCAUGAUCUGGACGCUUAUCCUCAACGGAUCUACGGGCUUUGUCAUGAUCGUUACACUCGCCUUCUGCGUUGGGGAUAUUGACCAUGUGCUGGAAUCCCAGACAGGCUUUGCAUUCAUCCAAGUCUUCCUCAACUCGACAGGAUCCGUCGGAGCUGCUACUGGGAUGACAGUGGUCAUCAUGGCCAUGCAGUUCUGCGCAGCCAUCAGCAACGUUGCCACCACGUCUCGCCAGGUCUAUGCUUUUGCACGAGACAAGGGGCUUCCAUUCUCCGACUUCUUGUCCAAGGUCAACCCAACUUUCACCGUCCCCUUGAAUGCAUUAUGCGUGAGCUUGGUGAUUGUCUCCCUUCUCUCCCUGAUUAAUAUUGGAUCGUCCGUGGCCUUCAAUGCCAUCAUGUCUCUAGGCACGGCGGCUCUCCUUUCCUCAUACAUCAUCUCCAUCACCUGCGUUCGCCUGCGGCGCUGGCGCAACCAGCCUCUACCUCCCGCCCGCUGGAGCAUGGGUAGAUUUACUCCCUUUGUCGACACCGUCUCCAUUCUGGUUCUGAUUAUCAUCUGGGUCUUUAGCUUCUUCCCUCUAACCGAGAAGGUCAAUCCAACCUCAAUGAAUUGGAGCGUGGCAAUCUUCGGAGGCGUCAUUCUGCUCUCUCUGGUGUAUUACCAGUUGCAUGCAAAAACGGUAUAUAAAGGGCCGGUGACAAGAGUGAAUGUGAUGGCCGAAUGA